AUGGCGCGAGCUUGGAGGCGCCUCGUCGCGGCUCAGAAGGCUCUGCUCGCCGCGCCAGCUGUCUCAGUGAGCGCGCUGGGACUGAAGCCAAGUUUCUGCAGCUCCCGAGACAAGGCGAAGGCAGUUUCCGACAAGCAAGCAGCUUUCUGGAUCUCCGGCACAUCGCAGGGCUGCACGAAGACGCUGCCUUGCAGAUUUGACCACUACGGUGGCGUCAUCAUCAAUCCCGAUGGUGUUCCCAAAGAGGAGAGCACCUUUCGGGAGAUGCUGGCUUCAUCGCUGGAGGAGUGGCAGAAGGAAAAGAAGCGUGGCGUGUGGCUUCACCUGAGUAUCGAUGCAUCGUCGCUGAUUCCCAUCGCCACCAAAGAGUUCGGCUUCGAAUUUCACCAUGCAGAGCCGGAUCAUGUCAUGAUGACGAAAUGGUUGCCGACGGAUGCUCCCAACACACUGCCUGCCAACGCAAGCCACACCAUCGGCGUGGGCGCCGUCGUUACGAACUCCGAGGGGCAGGUCCUCCUCGUCCGAGAGCGAUCGGGGCCGGCGGGGCGAUCUGGAGUGUGGAAGAUUCCCACAGGCAUGGUGGACGCUGGGGAG